CCCCCCCCCCCUAUUUUGCAGUCUACCGUGGUAUGCAUUCUCGUCGACUUUUUGCUUGAAUUGGCUAUCUACAGCAACUUCGUCCAGGAACAUUUAGCACCUGCUAAUUACAUCAAGAUUCCCACUGACCUAGAUAACUAUAAAAAAGGAUGUAAGUUUCUACCCAAACUUAAUAAUGAAAUACAUACGAAUUCCACUUACAAGGAGCGGUUUUCUAGCUUGCAGAAUUUGGUACUUAUCAUGUUUGAGAAAGAUCGAGUUCUGGUACCAAAAGAGACCUCCUGGUUUGGGUAUUAUCCAGAUGGUUCCUGGAGCACUGUUUUGCCUGCACAAGAGACUACCCUCUAUUCCGAAGAUUGGAUCGGUGUGAAAGCAUUGGAUGAAGCUGGGAAGGUGAAGUUUUUGAAAGCAUCGGGUCAUCAUCUUGAAAUUUUUCAUAGUGAAAUGAAAGAUUACAUACUUCCAUACUUGGUGGAAAAUGGACAAAGGAGACUACCAGAUUCAUAUCAUGUACAGCCUUUUUCUGGUUUCAAGGAAGCAUCUAUAAAGCUAUACACUUCACAUUGAAGUUAUUGCUAGAAGUUCCACUAAAAUUGUCAUUUAGAUGAGUAUUGUCGACUACACGCUUCGUUUGUAUUUGUAGUACUAUUGAUAAAAUUAAACUUAUUCUUUUUUAUAU